CACACUCUAGAGAGAGAAAAUAUUAGGGUUUGCCAUUCUCCGCCGUUCCGCGCCGCCGCUCGUUGCUUCCUGAUUUUCUCCGGCGACGCUUAUUCGAGGUGAAAUCAUGAUUUCUGCGGCCGACCGAAAGAAGCUGUUUAAAUCUAAGCCGCGCGCGGAGUCCAGCCAAGCUCAGCCUCCGCUCCCAACUCCCACACCGUCCGCCGAGUGCACCCAGCCGAACAAGAAACUCAAGGACGUGUGUUCUGCGCGGGAGGCGGCCUCGCUAAGCAGGACAAAGUCCACAUCUUCGCGCUCGGUGGACUGCGGGAAAAAGGCCUUCGUGAAAGUGGCAUUUCCCCCCAAGCCUUCGUUCUUGCACGGGGACUAUGAGCCUCGCCGUUUCCUGCAGAGCUUCAUCCCUUCACCGGACCGGAUCGAGAUUUGUUCGGCCGCCACGGAGGACCUCGCAUCCACACUCAUGCUCGAACUGGGCUCGGCGGCCAUGCGCGUCCCGGAGAUGGUGGAGCUUUUGGAGUGGUACGUUGCAGAUAAGGUCAAGGGCGAAGAGGAGCUUCAAAGGCUGCAGGGGCACGUGGCCGACCUAGAGGGGAAGCUCGCUGAGGCGGAGGAGCGGGCUCGGGCUUCGGAGCAGGCUCGUAUCGCUGCUGAGGAGAAGGCGUACCUGGACGGAUUAGGGUGUUACAAGGCGCGCCACCUCGAGGAGGAAAGCGAGCACGCGAUCGAGGCCUUUCAGACCUCCCCCGCGUUCGAGGAGGCGGCCCUCUCCCGCAUGGACAAUCUCUUGAAGAUCUGGGCUCAAACUCCUGAUGGCAAGCGUCUUCUCAUUAAAGAGGGGCAGGCCAACUACUCUUUGGGCUUGCACCGGGCUCAAGAAGUCUUUCUAGAGCAGAUCAGAGAUGGCAAGGAACUCCCGAAGCCGUGCGAGAACCCUAAGGAGUUUGACUCCUCUAUUUACUACUCCGAGGAUGAGGACGCCGCUGGAGGGGGUGAGGACACCGCCGGUAUCUGAGCGCGGCUGGGCCCAUUGCUGAACUCCUCCCUUCUUCUUUUUCAAUGUAAUGUUUUCGUGUUUGAACGAUGUGUUUUUGUGAUGCCUUCGUUGUUUCGCUUUGAUCCUUAAAUGCUUAUUCCCGAGUGAAUGUUGGGGAAUGAAUGUCGGUUUUGCCG